CCCAAGACGCAGUUAGGCUGCGGGUGAGCGCCUGCGCUCAGGGAAUGCCAAUCUCCCUGUUCCUCCAGACCCUGAGUAAUGUGGAAGAUUCAGAGCCUCAACCUCCGGAGACACCGUGCCUCUCGCUGAACGCCUUUCCGCUCGUUGUUUCUUUCUAGUCCCGCUGACCUCCUCGGCGCCUCGGAGGCUGCUAGUCAGGCAGUCUGUUGGGCACUCCAAGCGCGGGGUCCUCGCGGCUUUCUCUGCUGCUUCAGCUUCGGUUCAGAGAGGACCCGGCACCGAAUCACUGACUCGCCCAGGUGUCGGGAAAAUGAUCCACAGUCUAUUUCUCAUCAACUGUUCUGGCGACAUAUUUCUAGAAAAACACUGGAAGAGUGUUGUAAGCCAGUCUGUGUGUGACUAUUUCUUUGAAGCUCAGGAGAAAGCUGCUGAUGUUGAAAAUGUACCACCUGUCAUUUCAACACCUCACCACUACCUCAUUAGUAUCUACCGGGAUAAGCUCUUCUUCGUGUCUGUGAUACAGACUGAAGUGCCACCUCUCUUUGUAAUUGAGUUUCUGCAUCGAGUUGCUGACACUUUUCAGGACUACUUUGGUGAGUGUUCAGAGGCUGCAAUUAAGGAUAAUGUGGUCAUAGUGUAUGAGCUCUUGGAAGAAAUGUUAGACAAUGGAUUCCCACUGGCUACCGAAUCUAACAUUCUGAAAGAACUGAUUAAACCACCAACAAUUCUACGUUCUGUCGUCAAUUCUAUUACAGGCAGUAGUAAUGUUGGGGACACGCUCCCCACUGGGCAGCUGUCCAACAUCCCGUGGCGUCGAGCAGGUGUAAAGUACACCAACAAUGAAGCCUACUUUGAUGUAGUCGAAGAGAUAGAUGCGAUUAUAGAUAAAUCAGGAUCUACAGUCUUUGCAGAAAUUCAAGGUGUCAUUGAUGCUUGCAUUAAGCUGUCUGGAAUGCCUGAUCUCUCUCUCUCUUUCAUGAACCCAAGGCUUCUAGAUGAUGUCAGCUUCCACCCAUGCAUCCGGUUCAAACGCUGGGAAUCUGAGAGAGUUUUGUCAUUCAUUCCUCCCGAUGGAAAUUUCCGACUCAUAUCAUACCGCGUCAGCUCACAAAAUCUAGUGGCAAUUCCAGUGUAUGUGAAACAUAAUAUCAGCUUUAAGGAAAACAGCUCUUGUGGUAGAUUUGAUAUAACAAUUGGACCAAAACAGAAUAUGGGAAAAACGAUUGAAGGAAUCACAGUGACUGUUCACAUGCCAAAAGUUGUGCUGAAUAUGAACCUGACACCAACACAAGGCAGCUAUACAUUCGAUCCCGUCACCAAGGUACUAGCAUGGGAUGUGGGGAAAAUUACUCCACAAAAGCUCCCAAGUCUUAAAGGACUGGUAAAUUUACAGUCAGGAGCACCCAAGCCAGAAGAGAACCCAAACCUCAACAUACAGUUCAAGAUCCAGCAGCUUGCUAUUUCAGGCUUAAAAGUGAACCGCUUGGACAUGUAUGGUGAGAAGUAUAAGCCAUUUAAAGGAGUCAAGUAUAUCACAAAGGCCGGAAAGUUCCAAGUGAGGACAUGAGAAGAGGCCAGACUUGCUCAAGAUCAGUUUGUUUUGCAAGUGUCAUUGCGGUUUCUUACUAUUAGGUACCAAGUGGGUGGGAAUAAUAUAGAGCAUCUGGGUCAAGCUACCCUGCUAACAAAGUUGCUUAGUAAUGAUGUAGGCUCCUCGGGAGCUUUAAGCUAAGGAAAGUUUUCUAAAGACUUAGCUUAUUUUGUAUCUUUUCACUUAGGAAAAGGUUUAGGUGAUUUUUUCCAUGGGGGCCACCAGCUGAAUGCUGCCCAUGGUAACAGUCAAGGCAGAAGGCUACAGUGAUAACCUCUCUCCUAAAGCAAGUGAACUGGUCUCAUCUUCCAGCAGGAACUGUCUCAGUCUGUGAGGUGUCAGCUGUAGCCAAGGGUCACACCUUCUGAUCUUAGCCAUCUCAAUCAGUGUCUGUCCCAAGAGAGGAGAUUGCCCCACCCCAAGAAGUUUACAGAAAACUGCCUCUUCAAGUGUUUGCCUUACUCAGCUUUUCACUUGUGCCAUUAAGCAAGCACUGUAGCAAAAGCCACUUCCACAUGGCCCAGGCAGGGAGCACUGCAGCUCCAUGCUCCAUUCUCACUGUACUUGGUAUUAUAUUUUUUAUAAAUAAGAUUUUUAUGUAAAGCUCAGAUUUUGAUUUACAAGGACCUUGCUGCAGUAAAUAUUCCAUCAAUCUUGUGCCACCAGUUCAGCUGUUAGAUAGCACAGUCAAAUCAUUUGCAUCAAAAGGGCAAAUACUUUAUUAAGAUAAUGAAAGGGAACACUACUUCUGCUGUUAAGACACAAGUGUCUGUGCUUUUAAACAAAUUCAAGUAGUAAAAGAGAAAAUCAAGCAAAACCUUUGCCAUUCUCGUGUUUUAUUAAAGCUUUAUUUGAUGCCACUAACCUAGUUUGCUUGAAACCCCAGUUUAACAAAGGGAAGGAAACAUGCAUUUCACUGUUACUCUUCUCCAUCUUUUAUGCUGUUGUGCUUAAGUAGUUGAGUUUGCCUGUGUGCCUGCAGAGCGCCUUUUCGUACUCCAUACAUCGCAAGGCCAAGGGGAUAACACCUUCUCCAAACUGUCAAAUGUGGAGGAAGCACUUAGUGUGUCUGCUGAACUGUGUACAUGGAAACAGUAACAAUUUAUACUAAUUGAUCUUUACACUUGGAAGCCGGUCCUUCUGCGUCUUCGUUUGGAAAUCCUUGUGCAAUGAUUUUGCCUCAUCAGACAAAAGAAAAUGGAGGAAGACAAAAAUGCUCGCCCUUCCUAGCCCCUUGUCCUUUGUCCUUCCUUCCCUUGCUAGGUCACGUUCUAGGCCCGCUCCAUGUUGGAGUGCCAACGAUGCGGUAGCUCUGCCGCUGUGGCCCCAUCUAACAAGGCCAACUGUUGCAAAACUUCAAGGAGACACUUCUUGAGUAACCAACUGAUUGACAAUUUUAAGUCAAAAUACAAAAUAUCUAUUCCCUUUGACUAAGAUUAACCAAUCUUAGUUCCACUUCUAGUUUUACUAUCUUGUUCCACCUCCAAAGCAAUCACACCAGUUCUAGUUCUUCACAGUCCUUUACCUCACAACCAUACCUAGAACGCACAGCUUCCUUGCUGUGCAGUCCUCUUGUCUGUCAGAGUAGAGCAUAUACCAAGUGUCUUGUGUCCAGGAAUUUCUGCUAAAGUAGCUAAUCAGACUGCAUUCUUUUACUGUUAAGUUGUUGUAUUUAUUAAUUUGACAGAACUCAAUAAGCCCUUUCUCUAGUUCUGACCAUAAUGUUAAUAAAUAUAUGAGAGCAA